AUGAACGGGCACAGACCCUUCACAACCCCCGACCCCGCCUCUGACCCUUCAUCCGACGAAAACAAUGACGAUGACAAAAACCAAGUCGUCCUCCUCACCUCCAACGGUCGUGCAUCUCGCCUCUCCGGCAUCUGGUCCGUGGACCACCAAAAUCCUGUUCCGCCCCAGCCCCAGGUCGUCACGACCCCCGCGCUGAACGUGCGGCCAAGGCCGAGGUCACGGGCGAACAGUGCGUUCGGGUCGGUCUUUGGUGCUACUGGGGCUAUCACCUCCCGCAUCGACGACUCCACAAACCGGCGUUCCAGCAUUGCGAGCACCUCCAGCUCACACGAGCCUUCCUCCGACAGUAACGCCGCCGGUAAACGUGCCAGCAUCAUCUCCACCACCGGAAGCGGCGGAGGUGUAAGAACCAGUAUCUCCCUCCAAGACGGCCUCCAAACCUCCCUCCUCCACGAAAUCCACCGCCUCCGCUCCGAACGCGAACACCUCUAUUCAGAACUCCAGUCACUCCACGCUUCACAGCAUACACUGUCUCACGCCCAUACGACAUUGUCGAAUCAACAUCGGCAGCUCGUUGGGGCGUAUGGGAAUUUAGAGGGUGUGCAUGAGAAGCUUACGGGGAUGCUUGGGGUGACGAGUACGGCGCUUGAGAAUUCAAGGGGGGUUUGUAGGGAGUUGAGGAGGAGGGUUGGGGGGUUGGAGAGGGAGGUCAAAGAAGUUGAUGUACUGAGAGAGAAGGUGCAGACGUUGGAGGAUAGAGCACUCGGGGAGAAAGGUGCGCGGGCUGCGCUGUUGGAGCGUAUCAGAGAGCUCGAAUCCACUGUCGCCGCUCAAGAACUCUCCCAUCAAAAUCCUGCAAGUGGGCAAGAGGAGACAGCCUCAAUGUACGAAGACGCAGCAUCAACCUCCUACCCCGACUCCAUCCCCAACUCACCACUAACCCCAACAAUGAGCAUGAGGUUCCCGAGUGCUACGUUGGCGGAUGAGUUGGAGAAUGUCAAGGUGUGUGUUGAUAGGGAGGUGCAGACGGAGGGAUGGAGGAGUCCAGGGAUUGAGAUUAGGGUUGAGCAGUAUGUGGAGAUGGGGGUCGAUGUUGGGGUACAAGUCGAGACUAUUCCUGAACGUGAGGUCGUGGUGAAAGUUGAGGAUGCCGAGACUGCGGAUAUGGAGACGAGUACGGACGCCGAGGCGGAGUACGUUACGGCAACCAGCGGCAUCGUCUCCACCUCCCACACCCCACCACCCCUCCCUCCGCCCAAAUUUGAGGAUCCGGAUUCAAUCACGUCCAUUGACUACAGAGCCUCCACCACGACGAUCCGCCCACUCGCCGAACGCGCCUCGACAGCCACCAUCCGUCCACUGAACAUCGAGAAAAUCCGUGCGAUCAUGCGGGAGGCAGAUAUGGAGGCGCCGGCAUCGACGAAGGCUUCCUCUCCCACACUUCCUCAGUCCCCGGAUAAAGUCUCCCCUACCCCGGAAAUUGAAACCGAGCCAGAAUCAGACCGAGAAAUGGAGGAAGGCCGCGUGGUACUCCUAACCUCAUCAACGUCCCCGGCCUCCCCAAUGCCCACAAAAUCAAUAACCCCCCUCCGCCGACACCGACACCGUCCCGAUCCCCUCGCCCUCGAAAUACGCAGCCCGGUCGCGGUCGAAGUCCAGUCUCCCACGUUCGAUUGUGGGGUUAGUCCGACGAGGAGUUUUGCGGAUAGUUUGGAGGUGAUGAGGAGUCCGGGGGGUGGGGAGGGGGGGUGGUUCGAGCCUGAGGGGUCGGGUGGUGAAGAGGGGCGAAGGGAAGGGAAGGGGAAGGAGAGGGAGGAGGUAGCUGGUGGUGGGUGGACUGAGGGUGCGAUUACGGAUAGUCCGGAGAAAGUGCCGAGGGGUGACAAAAUCCCAUACCCGCCCUCCAGCUCCACAGCCAGUCACGAAGAAGGAGACAGUACGGUGGGGUUACUCAGAGGCGAGCAGACACCCCCUCCACCAUUCCCUAUCCCGGCGCGGAAAUCGAGUUUGAGGAUGCGUGCGAGGCGGGGUACGAGUUCGUCGAGUAUCCCCACGAAGGCGUCACAGGUUCUGGGGAUCACGGAUGUUAAUGGGUUGGGCGUCGCUACGUCUGAUCAUGAUCCACUCCUCGAAGCAAAACUGGCGGAGAAUAACUAUAGCGCGAAGCUUGAUCAGCAGCAACAAUCUGUCAAGAAGGAGCGGUUGAGAAUGUUGCAUGCGGAGGUGGAGAAAGAGGCGUGGCCCCAGGAUCGACGUUCGAGGUUAAUUUUGUCGGAGGCAUUGUUGGAUCCUGAUAUGGAUCUUAGUGAUCUUGGGUUAGAGACGCCGGGGCGUGCGAGUGCUAUGGGGAAGCCGAAGCCAAAGCCGGACCGUCCUCCUCCGUUGAAGAGUCCGCAUAAAGUCAAAUCAGCGCUCGAGCUCUCACGCACCAAUUCACCGGCUAUCAAUAUUGUGACCCCGUUGACACCGCCUCUUCCCUCGCCCAUGCCCAUGCCGACCGUGGAGCCUGCUCCCGUGAUUGAUGCCGUUGCGUCAUGUAUGAUCGGUGAGAUGAUGUACAAGUACGUCAGGAGGAAGAACGGAUUAUUCUCCCCGACGAGGGGAAUGGACGAUGAUGACGAUUUCGGUGGGACGGGGACGCGGCAUAAGAGGUGGGUUUGGUUGAGCGUGAGUGAUAUGACGAUUUGUUGGGCGGGGAGGGAGAGGGUUAUGAGGGAAGGGGGUGGUAAGAAAUUGACGAUCCUGAAUGUUACCGAAGUAAAGGAUUACCAUUCAAGACCACGCGAGAUCAUGCAAAUGGCUCGAUCGAUUAUGAUUACGACGCCAGAGCGGUCGGUUACGUUUACGGCGUUGUCGCAUGAACAGCAUUCGGCGUGGAUGUCUGCAUUGCAUUUCCUGGUUCACCAUGAUCCGUCGGAGCUUAUUACGUACGAGAGAAAUACGCCGUCGCCGAGGCUGAUGUAUGAGCCGCAGGAAGCAAGUAGUCCUAGUCCUGCGAGGACGGAUGAGAGGUCGAGGCAGGGUAGUCAGGCAUCUAUCGAACCCGUUCAGCGAAGUGGGACGGAUCCGUUGAGGCCGCAACCGCACGCGUAUGGGACGCCUUCACCAGACGCCCGACGUCCGUCCCUUCCGGUUAAUCUUCGACAGAGUGUUGCAGUGUCGAGCUGUUCUCCUGUACGACUCGGUACGCCAAAGACGUCGCCUACGCCGCCUCAGGGUAGGCCGUCUGUGUCGUCUUACAGAGGAAUGAACAAGUUGAACAGUGCGCCGCCGCCGAACGUACCCAGAUUCGUGGCCGCGAGUCCUAGUGGAGGAAGGAACGGAAGUCUUCCCAGGACGGAGGAAGAAGUUAAUGGCAGAGAAGUGGGGACGUUGAGGAUGGCUGCUUUCGUGAGUUCUGGAGAUCCGUUUACGGGGUUUUGA